CGGACCAUUGUUUCUCACGCCCCUGCCAGUCUUCGUGCUGCACUCUGUCUGGAGAUCACCCGCUUCUUUACCUGCCGACCUUUAUAUACUGCCCUCUGCGCGCGGACCUGCUACAACUGCGGAAAAUUUGGUGCAUACUUGUAUGUGCCAACCUGCUCGAGGGUUUGCUUCCGAUGUUUCACUGAGGAACAGAAGUUCCUGCCCAUGACCAAA